GGUAACCUUGACCUGCUCUACACACUUGCCGGUUAUCCGGUCCGAACAUCUGACUUGCUGGCUGCCAUGGUCUGGCUGGCUCCAUUACUCCUAGCUAAUCUUAUCGCAGCAAGACCUCCAAAGGAUGCCUGUGCAGCAAUCGCUGGCAAGAAAUGGGUCACCCCAAUCCAGGCCCGAGCUUGUAUAUCCCUGGCUCCCGUCGACCCAGUUCUCAAGGCCAAUACCAUCGAGGUCCUGAACAAGACCCUCGCAUUCCAUACCUCUGUAAACUACCAGAUCCAAGCACCAAAGCCCUUCCAACACGACGUGCACGAAGACCUCCAUGUCGACCUCGACAGGAUCAGCCAACAGGAUCAUCAUCCUUCCGAGUUUGACCUCCAUCUCGACCUCUUCCGGACUUUUAAACGCGUCAAUGACGGACACUGUGUCGUGUUGAAUUACUGCUACGACUGUCAGUUCCCUUCAUCUAAUAGUAGACUAUCCGAGGCUCACUCGGUACAGCACUCUACGUAUCCUACCUCCCGACACCCCUCUGUGCUUCUUUCCGACGACACGGGCGCCCAACACGUCCAUAUAGCCCCAGAGGCCUUCUCCGUCGCCUCGGCAGAAUUCGGGGACGAGAUCGAGUAUUGGCAGAAACGUUUACCUGGGACACUCAAAGGGAAGCUCCAGUCCCUCUCUGGGGCUCGAGUCCUCCUUAUUGAUGGCCAAGAUCCAUUCAUAGCUGUCAACGCCAAUGCACAAGUUACCGGAAGCUAUCAAUCACUCGGGACCCGUCAGAAUUCUUUCUUCGCCUCGUACCACCGCGGUCGCGACGGCUGGGAGUACGUGAUGGGCAACUUUGCCCAACAGACGCAUCCACUCGUAGAUGCUGUCGAGCUGACGAUCCAGCGCGUGAAUAGCACAUCAAUCGAUACUGUCACAAUCCCGUAUAGGUCUCGUUUUGGCUCCAACUCGAAGAAUUUCACCGAUUUCGAAUCUUAUCGAGCGAACAACUGCUUUGCGGGGAAACACACUAAUGGCUAUGAUGUUUAUGCUGAUGGUUUGGAUGGUGCCGGUGAGAGACCGAUAGCUUACUUUCAGCAGCAGCCUCCUGUGGAUCCUAGAGACGCGCGAAGACACCCGAUGAAUGUGAUCGUGGACGCUAUACCCCCCACCGAUAUCAAGUUGCCAGAGGAGCUGCAACCUAUCCCACCCGCGCUGAACGAGAGCUAUAGUGUGGCGCAGUUUUAUCUACUCGAUGAUAAAGUCACAGGGGUGCUUGCUCUUGGAAGUUUCGCUGCUCAGAGUUUCUCGACGUUCCAAUCUAGCCUGCUGUCGGGUCUGAAUGGCCUCAAGUCAUUGGGAGCUAAGCGCUUAGUGGUAGACGUGACGAAUAACGGCGGUGGAUAUAUCUGUAUUGCACAUUGGCUUCACCGGAUUAUCAUAGGACCCAAGGAAUCCACCGAGCCUCAGGCAGGCCUGGAUAGUAAAACUCGCGCGGGGCCUCUAGCCCAGUUGAUCGUCAAAAAGAUCUUGGACGGUGCUGAUCCUGAGGAGCUGCUUUCUUAUAGCCCUCAGCUGGGACAAGAGUGUCAGCCGUUCAGUGAAGAGCCUCCUGCGGAGCCUUUGUUCAAGCUUAGUGAGGUUGUGAUUGUGUCGAAUGGGAGGCGAGUGUACAGGUUGUCUGUCUUGAAUUAUAUAUGUGACGCCUUGAGUAGAUGCGCAAGUUCCUGCUCACUUUUCAGCAUAACAAUGUCCAAGCUCGAUGGCGUCAAAACGGUCGUCGUUGGUGGAAAGAAGGACACGCCUCAAGAAUAUUGUGGAACCGUUGGUGGUCAGUCUACAGAUUUUUCGACCAUCGAUACCGAGAUCAAGACAACGCAUCUGAAGAACCAUACACUCGCCCCGCCAGACCUACUCACGAAUACCGUGCAAGGGAUCACAUGGAGACUUGGAUUUGGAAUAGAUGACCCCGAGGAACCAGAGGAGUGGCAGGGUCAUCCCGCGGAUCUCAACCUGCCGCUAACCGAAGCCAUUGUCAACAAGCCGGUAGCAAUUUGGGAAACGGUAGUUAGAGAGGUGUUUGAAGGAGAUGCUUGAAUGUUUUACUUAGUUGUACUUUUUUGUCAGUUCCGUCCACGUGAAAUGUUGAUGAUGUCAGAACGCAGGGCUAGGCA